GAUGCAGCGGCGGCUGCAGCAUUACCGGGGGCAGCAGCGCGGAGGGAGGAUGCAGGCGGCGCCCGGGAUGCAGGCGGCGCCCGGGAUGCAGGCGGCCAGGCCGUUCAAGCUGAGGAAGAGUCUCGCCACCCGGCUGGAAGAAGUAGCAGGGAUCCGGGCGAAGUUCCCAACAAAAAUCCCGGUAAUUGUUGAGAGAUACCAUAAAGAGAAAUACCUUCCUCUCUUGGAUAAAACCAAAUUUCUUGUUCCUGAGGAGCUGACCAUGACACAGUUCAUAACCAUCAUCAGAAGCAGGAUGGCUCUAACUGCUACACAAGCUUUCUACCUGCUAGUGAACAACAAAAGCCUAGCCAGUAUGUCCUUGACAAUGGCAGAAGUGUACAGAGACUACAAAGAUGAAGAUGGCUUUGUGUAUAUGACAUAUGCUUCCCAGGAGAUGUUUGGAUGCUUUUUACCCACUGCUUAUGGAAAAACUGUGGAAUGCCUUCAAGAAAUUUAAGGUUGGGCCCAUGUGCUGCAGUGAAGUAGUUUGCUAUGAAUGAUGCUUGUGACAUGAACCUCGGAGAUGUUCCUUCCAGUAUGAACUCUCGAGCUCUGUAGUGGGGAGUUACAACCCAAAAGCUGGCAGGACCAGCUUAAGACAGAACUGGUGGUACACAUUUUCUAUAUAAUAAUUCGGAUAUAUUUUUAUAUUUGGAAGACACUAUGGGGGUUUUGGGAACAGCACCUCCACUUUUUUGCAAUAUCAGUCUUUGUUAUGUAAUUAAUUUUUAAGGUGUCCCUAAAGCCCAAGUCUGAGAAUAAAAUAAAGAAGCUUUUAAGUAUAGACUUGAAUGUUAGUUUUAAUCUGGGGAAAGCCUGUGAAAGUCUGUCUCAGAGGAGGUCCUGGAAUAAUUUUGGGAAUUUGGACUCAAUGUCUCUUAAAUGAAACAUUGCUUGCACAGCCAUUCUGAGUUUUUGAAUGGAAUAAUAAAGCUGAAGGGUCCCACAGGAGCACAUAUAAUUGGUUUGUAAAGCUAGAUAUCUGAACUGCAAGAUACUGUACUAGUACAUACUAUACUAGCAUUAGACCAGGGUUCACAUGCAGUGUUAACACCUGAA